AAAUUCAUUUGUAGUGAGUGUUGUACGUCCGUUCCUGUUCGAAUAACACGAGUAACCAAAAUAAAAAAAUAAAAUCAACGAUACGCAGUUUAUUCUCUUUUGACGCGACGUAAUUUUAACAAACAUUCAAAAGUACGUUAAGUAUCUUUCAAUUAAAAAAAAACCGCCGCGAAUUGUGUUGAACUAAUUAUCUACCACCACGUGAUAAAACUUUUUUAGCUUUGUGCGACGACAAGCAGCGGGACCAGAAUUCCUCCAACUAACCAAUCUAAAAUCAUUGAAAAUCCAAUUUAAUUAACUGAAAUAAAUUGUUUUUUUUCUUCAAAAAUUGUGUCUUAGGAAUUUUUUUAAAUUACAAAAGUGAGUGUUGCGAAUUUCGGAAGUGCAAAUAAGAUGUCAGAAGCCCCAAAGUAGUCAUCACGAUAUUCCUGGACGGCUUUGGGAUACUUGCCAUCUAGUCCUAAACGUUGCUAACGAGUUUCUCAGCUCCCUUUCGGAUCUUUAUUAUUACUGACACUGAGAUCUAUCGUUGAUUCACGAUCCGAUAAAGAAGCAGUUAUACAACUUCCUUUUUGGAUCGAGAUUUUGAACCUCUUUUCGUGGAAUCUUCCAGAACUGGUGUCGAUGAGUAGCAGGGGAAUCGAGUGGGUACCAAGGGUCGAAUAAAACGAGGCUGCUUCAAACGCGCGAGUAAAUUUCGAGACGAGCCAGAGGACGUCCUUGAGAUUGAAAUUCGAGUGACGACCCACCGCCGAUAUCGCGUUUGCCGCGUAGGAACUACGUCGCUCUGGAGUUGGCAAAAAAGAGAGGGAGGUGCACACGUAUCUCGAAUUGACGAGAUAUCUCGUGAGCCGCAUACACACAAACACACUCCAGUGAGCGUCUUGAGCGUGCCGAGCUGCCUGGUAGCGAGAGUUGAAAAUUCCCCGUGGUACCUCCAAAGGCCAGGAUCGCGCCGUUUGAACCGAAUGCUCCGUCGAAACAUGGCCACGUGACCGUCGCGAGGUUUGUAAACAGUUGGACCACGUGGUUUCCCCCCGAGAGUGGAACGCCAAUACCAGUCAGUUCUUGUGAACCAACGUGAGUCCCGGACUGUGCGUUGCCUGUGCAUCUGUGUUUAUGCGUGAUUAAUUCAGUUUAACCGAAAUUUUCUGGGAAAAGUUGCAAAAAUCGGUGAGUGCUUUGAGAGUGACUUUACCCAUCGAGUGAACUCGGUUUUUCCCCGAAGUUCGGGAUCAAGUGUUCUUAUUACGAUCACAAGGAAUUCCGACCGCCCAGGUUCGGAGAAGACGGAGUCAAAGUGGAGUACACCGAGAGCGGAAACAUGAUGGACUCGAUGCCGGUACCGGUCUCGGGUUCGGUUGUGACGCAGCAAGGUGGGCCCUAUGACCUUGAGAGUGGCUUCGAGCCACAGACAAGAGCAAGAUCAAACACAUGGCCCUUGCCAAGACCGGAGGGAUAUGUUGAUGGUAACGUUCCUGGCGGAGCCGGGGGCAAGGAUGGCAUUGAGGGUGGAACACCACCCCAACAGGGUCCAUUGGGACAAGGGGGUGGACUACUUCCGGUCAAGAAGAACUCGUCGCGGAGAAAUGCGUGGGGAAAUUUGAGCUAUGCUGAUCUCAUCACUCAGGCCAUCACCAGUGCUCCGGAAAAACGGCUCACCUUGUCGCAGAUUUACGAGUGGAUGGUCCAGAAUGUGGCGUAUUUCAAGGAUAAGGGCGACAGCAAUAGCAGUGCUGGAUGGAAGAAUUCUAUCAGACACAACCUUUCGUUGCACAACAGAUUCAUGCGAGUACAAAACGAAGGUACCGGUAAAAGUUCGUGGUGGAUGAUUAAUCCCGAUGCCAAGCCUGGUAAAUCUGCCCGAAGAAGAGCGACGUCGAUGGAGACAAGCAAGUUCGAGAAGAGACGUGGACGAGUUAAGAAGAAGGUAGAAGCUCUGAGGAACGGAAGUUUGCAGGCGGAUGCAACCCCCAGCCCUAGCAGUAGCGUCAGCGAGGGUUUGGACCUUUUUCCCGACAGCCCCCUUCAUCCAGCAAGCGGCUUUCAGCUAUCACCAGACUUCCGACCUCGGGCUUCAAGCAACGCAUCCUCUUCUGGAAGAUUGAGCCCUAUUCCUGCCGUUCUCAGUGAACCGGAUUGGUCACCUAGUUAUUCCUACAGUCCAGAACAAUUAGCUGCAAGUUUAACGGAAACAAUGAAAAUUGAGCAGCCCGCUUACCAAAUCAACCAAAUGUACCGGACGUCCCCACCUCAUCAGCAGCAAACAGGACCGCCACCCUCAUACUUUGAGGCACAACAGUAUCAGAGGAGUAAUUCACUCCGAUCAACCACAGCGCCUUAUGGUUUGCCACCGACUCCACAAACCACGAGUCAGCAGAGAUGUCCUCAUCAUCGCCUGCAACCUUGUGCCUGCCAAAUGAAUCUGAGUCCGGCCUCUGGAAUGUCCCCCUCUUACCAACAGAGCGAGUCUAGUCCCUCGACUCUGAACCCUCAGCAACAGCAGACCAUUCAGUACCUUCUCCAGACACAGCAACGCCAGCAGCAGCAGCAGCAACAGCAGCAGCAACAACAGCAUCAACAAAGACAGGCACAAACGGGUCCUGCGGGUCCCAGUCCGCCAGAUUCGCCAAAGCCAAGCACGAUAAUGGGUCAGAUCAUGGGGGCUUUAAACAACACUGCCUUGCUAGAUGACCUUAACAUCAACAUCGAAACGCUGGAAGAAUUUGACUGCAACGUUGAUGAGGUGAUAAAGCACGAACUUUCGAUGGAUGGUACGUUGGACUUCAACUUCCAGCAGGGCAUCUUGGGAGCCCCAUCAGUCCAGGUCUCCGACGGAGGUGUUUUACCAAGUGGCGUGUCGUCUCAAAGUGGAACUACGAGUAAUGCCACAUCAGCGGGAGUUUAUGUCAGCAGCAACGCAACGACUCCUGCAGCGCCGCCCUCUUGGGUUCACUAGCAGUGGAUUCCACUGCCCUCGACACCCCCGUCGUCAUACGAGCGUGACAAUUUUCACAACAUGUCUCAAGCACACCUUGGCGACGCUCGGAGGUUCGGGGAGAUUUUCGAGGAGCGGUUUGUGAUAAGAUAUAGACCUAACCAUGCCAGGACACGACGAAAUACGUACUUCACCGGUUUACAUUAGUGCGACUAUGGUGCAAAAUGACACGGAAGUGUGUGUGUUUGUGUACAAUAAAUGUACUCUAGGGUUCUUUUUAAGGUGCUCAAAAAAUCCGCUGGGAGGAGACGAAAUAUAUUGCAGAAUUGUGUUCCGGAUUCAAGGUUUCGAUACCGGCUUUAUUCAUUCUCAAAACU